GCUCAGUCGGCUCUCGAGCUCCGCGAGCGGUAUGAUGCGGGAAAAGCACGGGGUCAUGUGUCAGACAGGUUCGAAUAAUAGAAUGGCCGAAAAUAGUUCGAGAUGUAAUCCGAGUAACGAUGCUUACAAUAAGAGACCGAAUAAUUUAUAGAAAAAAAUAUAGUAACAAAAAUAACUUGGAGACAGUCAAGUGUUUGAGAUGUGAUAAGGUUCGGUACGAGAAAUCGUCUUUUGGACACAAGAUCGACAUGAAGCGAUACCGACGGUGUUGGAGUUGUUAGUCAGAGUAGAAGAGGAAUAAGCAAAAGCGCGAUGGCUAUCAUGCAGUCCUGUUGCUGCUGGCGCUCGGUACGCCGUGGCAGCUUCGCCUGUGCCGUUUACACCGUGCUAUAUUAUUCGGUGCUAGCAGUGACUAUAGCUUCAGUCCUGCAAGAGGAAAGUCAGUAUCUGGCAGGAAAUCGUUCGCUCCCUAAGUCUAACAGCGUCCUCGAACCGGGAGUGUCCCCAGUUACGAUGAGGUUCAACUUCGCACUGCUCAUAUGUUCAUCCAGUGGCGUCAUUUGCUGCCUGUUGCUGUUGUACGGAUUGUUCAGGGACGAGAAGCUGUUCCUAGUGCCCUGGAUCUGCAUAGUGAUAGUCUGCAGCAUCGUCGACAUCUCGCACCUGAUAUAUCUCUUCUUCUUCGUCUCGCUGGACUUCAACCCUAUAACGGCGAUGGUCAUCACGCUCGACUUUUUCCUCCUGUGCCUGAACGCACCAGCAGUUCGCUACACGGUACAGCCAACGACGACGGCGACGUCUUGUCUGAGCUCCCGUCGUGCCCUAACGAACAACGAGACUCGAAUAACAGCGACGGCCACGCCGACCCAGAGCCCGACAGCCAUGCCGGCACAGCUGAACAUCGAGCGGAGCCCCGGAGGCCAUAACAGCGACCGUCAACGCAAACACGUCCAGUUUCCCGACGACGCUCCCGCGGUGAUCACCGACAAAACGGAUGAAGCGCUCGCUACUCAGCUGAAGCCGGACGAGCUGCACGACUUGGAGCAACGCAACGGUAAUGGUAGUCUCUGGACGGAAGAGACGAAGGAACACAGAAACGGACGGCUUUAGGCCUACGAGUGAUCAUGGACUUUGGAUUUUGAUUAAAGCUUGUUGCCAACCUCUGACGAGGCAUUGGUUUCGAUUGAUUGUUGGAUGGAAAGUGUGUGGUAAGCAGUGAUGAAAUGGUGAUUUUUAGAAUAGAAAACAAUAAGCUAAGAUUUUAUGGCGAAUUGUAUUAUAAUAUAGCAAAAACUUCAUUUGUUAACUUUUGUAACAUUAGCGGUACGAUUGUAAGUCGAUAGAAAUAGUCAAGCCGUUAUAUUGAUUGAUUCACCUCUCAUCGAUCUACGAAUAGUGCUUUUAAGGCUUCUAUUUUCCUAACACUGGAAAGUGAUAAUUACGUGUAAAGCUUUCGCUGUGACGAUGAUGUAAAACGUUCAUUGUGUAUUAUGUGAAGUCGUUAAGGCAGCUCGAUUAUAUUUACGAUCGACAAUGGGCUGACGGUAGCAAGCGUCGUUUCACUGCGGCGUGGAAAUUUAUAUCGCAUUGAUUACGUAAGUAGAACUUAAGGUAAUUCCGCUUGAAAGUGUAAUUCUAUCUCACCGUUGUUGAUAUAGAGAAAAGUUAUUAGCUAUAAUGAAAAACUGUUGAUUAUUUUUAUCGUAAAGGUGUCUCUAAUUGCUUGAUUACUAUGAAAGAUGAUAAAAAUAAAAAAGGUGCACUGAAAAUAUAGCGAUUUUCAGCGAUGUAAAAAAUAUUGAUACUCGAGUAAAAAGUGUGUAUAUAAAGCAAGGCGUUAAACCUUUGAUCAUUGGAAAAGUCGGAAAUUUUAUAUUGCUCGUUUGAUUUUGGGACAUAAACAACAUACAAGCAUGCAAUGUAGUAUUUUUAAUGACGACAACAAUAUCAGUAAUACGACGGACGGUUAUGAAGAAUCUCAUACGAUAUAAUAGUAUUAUUAAAUCAGCAACGUACUUAAAUAAAUAAUUCGAUCAAGCCAAAAUGCACGGCUAAGAAUACAUCUAACAGAUUUUGUAUGAGUCGGUUAUAGUUUAUAAAACGUGUAUAAUAAGGAAGGUUUACAGAAAAAUGUUCCUUCAGUGAGCCGCAUGCAAUUUUCAUAAUUAAAGUCCAGAAUCUUUGUCCGAUUACACGUAAGAAAUAUUUUCAAUCGCCAAAAAUCUUAAUUGACAAAAAAGUGAAUAUAUUUUUCUAAUUUUACAAAUCGUCUCCAUUCACGUAAUAUAUCAAUCUUUCGAUUAAAAGUCUUGCUUUGUAUCCUUUUUAAAUAAUAAAAGAUUAUACAAACCAA